UCAAGGAAACUAUACUCAGUACUCUUCAUCUCAAAAAUUUGGAUUACAUUGUUCGUUUGAUUAGAACUGUUUUUUUUAAAAGACAGAAGGUGACUCGUAAGGGGAUGGAUCAAGGAGAACCUGUGACAACGUGCCCAAUCCUUCUUCAAAAUUCUACACUUUACCCCACUGUAAAUUUCAGCUCAUCAGACUGGCAUCUAGUUCAUUCUAUUGUACCUCCGUACAUAUUUAUUGUGUGUUUGGCUGGGAUUCUAGGCAAUGCUUUUGUGUUGUUGGUGUUCUUCUUUCAAAGGGGCAACUGGAGUGUGCCUGAAAUCUACUUGGGAAACCUGGCACUAGCUGACCUGUUCUUGCUGGUCUGUUUACCAUUUUGGGCCAUGAACAUCCUUAAUUACUUCUACUGGCCAUAUGGAGAGUUUAUGUGUAAGGUUGUCAACCUCUCCAUAAUUGUUAACGCAUAUAGUAGCAUUUACAUGCUGGUGAUGGUGAACAUCGACCGCUACUUUGCACUAGUGCUGAUUAUAAAGGCAAGGUGGCUAAGAAGGAGACGAAAUGCAAAGGCUAUUUGUUUUUGUCUUUGGCUCUUUGGAGUGAUCAUGGGCAUACCCACUCUUAUUUUCAGAACAGUGCAGUAUGACAUAUUUUUUCAGACAACAGCUUGCAUUAUUCAAUACCCUUCCGACGCCUGGAAACUUGCCCACCACCUUGAACUGGACCUAUUGGGAUUCGUCAUUCCUCUCCUGGUGAUUGUCUUCUGCAGUUGUAAUAUUUUGUGGGUCCUUUACAAAAGAAGGCAGGGUAUUUAUUCACAGGAUAGAAAUGAUAGAAAGGCCACGUUGCUAGUGUCUGCGGUAACCAUUUUUUUCUUAAUAUGUUGGGGUCCAUUUCAUAUUUUUACCUUCCUGGAUGUACUUUGUGAUCUUAACGUCUUGGAUUUGGAUACCUGGUAUCAUACCUUAGAUAUCGGAUCCCAGUUCACCACAUACUUUGCAUUUCUGAAUAGCUGUCUUAAUCCAGUGCUUUAUGUAUGCAGUGGCCACUACUUCAGAAGGAAAGUCAGUGAUAUCUAUAAAAGAAGAAAGAGCUCCACAGGGUCUCUGGCCACCACACUACGUUCAGUUACAUCAACAUAUGUCCAAAGGAGUGAUCAAAUAAAACCAGUUGUAUUGUAG